AUGUCCUCUGAUGACUCGCGCACAACCGGCGAAGCAACCGAUAGGACGAUCGGGGAAUUCGGUAGGAGAGCCAGCUGCUGCUACAACCUCAGCUCCCCUGUCGGGCGAGGCUGGAUCGGCAAGGCUGACACCAGCUGCCGAGCGAGCGAGAGGGUGUGCGAGAUCCCCACCAACGUGGAGGAGACAGGCCAGAGGCGUGACAAGGAUCUCGAGGCACGCGACGCGAGACUCACGGGAAGUCACAUGAACGGCCUGCACGUGAGACGGGCUGCAGCCCUCCGAAGCUCUGGGGAGAGCAGGCUGUGGAGAAGGCGAAAGCUUGUUCGAGGCGCGGGACCAGCGAAAAGAUACAAGUCACAAAGCCAAGAGAAAGACGGGCAUGAUCGUGAUAAUCUCGAAGUUUAUUGCAGGAGAGGCAGGGAAAUGCAUGCGAAACACGGCAGCGCCGCCUGUCCAGGUUGGCGAGAGACUGCGCGGAGAUUGGAGGCUGUUUCCAUGGCAGGCGCAGUACAAAUUGCCUGUUAUGCGGCCAUCGAGCGGCGAGCAGGCGUCUCGUACCUGUACCGAGCAUGGAGCUUGCACGAGCAGCACCCGCCAGCGAACGGGAGCGUCAUCGCGGGUACUGCUACUCCGAGGUGCUACCGGCGAUAUGGCCACCCAUCAGGUGUUUUGGUUCCAAGGUUGUCAACAGCCGGCGAGGGCCAGAGCACGAGUACUACAGGCCAGCCCAACCACUAA